AUGUUCCUGUUCGAAACCUUCUCAGAGUCAAAGGGUGUGGGAUUAAUGUAUGAUAUGUGGGAGGUCGAAAGUGCCCCAGAAUGGCUUCUGGACAGGCUGCAUUCUGAAUCAAGUAGCAAUCUCAUCAAAAUAGCAACGAUAGUAGAAUGGAGGGAAGCUCAAAAGCGAAAGAAUAGUACCUCUAGCCAACAGCAGAGCAAUACAUUGAAGCAUGCUAACAGAUGGGUGGCUCCUGAUAUUGGAACGCUGAAAAUUAAUGUUGAUGCCUCAGUUUUUGAGGGAGCAGAUUCAUUCUCCGUGGGAAUGGUGAUAAGAAACCAUCAGGGUCUGUUUAUCAAAGGUAAAACAAUGCGAUUGCCAGGGAAAGUUACGGUGCUUGAGGCUGAACUAGUAGGUGUUCUGGAAGCUCUUUUGUGGUCUGCUGCAUUCCAGGAGCAAACCGCUGUGAUUGAAAGUGACUCCUUACUAAGUGUUCAGGCGAUAAACAAGGACAAGCAAAAUCAGCUAGAGAUCGGAGAUUUAGUAGCUCAAUGCCGUUCUAUUCUAAUUAAGCAGUAA